CGAACAAUUGCCUGAAAUGGAAAGAAACCAUAACAGAGGAGCAAAACAAUGGUCCCAGAACACAAAAGAACAUAAAAGCUCCCUCCCCUUCAUCUUGCCUGGUUUUUGGUCCCCGUAAUCCAGGUAAGUCUGUAAAUGCUCGAAAACUCCAUGGUUGAUUAGAGAUGGUUUAGCCUAACACCAUCACACGCAACACAAAUAAAAACCUAAGAAUCCAUUUUUGUUUUGUGGGCGUACAGGAAAACUUCGUCUUUUCUCCUUUCUUCAUCAUCAGCCUCCCUUGUUUUCCUGUACGCCAAAGCGCGUGGAAUCUGAACCUUCCCUUCUCCUUAGCCAUGCACGCCAAUACCCAUAAUUUCUUUUUUCUUGUUUGCCUACCUUUCCUCUUGAAUGCCCUUCAUGUAUGGAGCGGGGAAUCGGAUUCAUUGGUCUUGAGCUCUGGUAAUGGCGGCACAGACACAGAUGGAAGGAAAUGGGGUGCAGAUUCUAAGUACCUUGACGCAAAAAAUUCAAUCACCUCCACGGCCGCAUUCCAGGACCCAUCACUUUCCUCUGUGAUUCCAUACAUGACAGCAAGAAUUUUCCCAUCAGAGGCAUCGUACAAGUUCCCAGUGAAGUCAACCAAGCGUUAUUGGCUUAGGCUCCAUUUUUAUCCCUCCGCCUACAGCAAUUUCAAUGCUGCGGACUCCUAUUUCUCGGUUACCGCGAAUACUCUCACGCUCUUGAAGAAUUUCAGCGCUUCGAUUACCUGUCAGGCACUUUCACAAGCAUACAUUGUGCGGGAAUAUUCCCUCGCGCCAUUGGAAUCGGAGACUCUGACUGUCGUCUUCAAGCCUUCGAAUAACCAUCCCGGGGCUUUUGCAUUUGUCAAUGGGAUCGAGGUGAUUCCAAUGCCGGAGUUGUUCGACGCUGCACCGAUGGUGGGAUCGCCAACCGAAGUUGACGUCAAGAGCUUGACGACGGAGACAAUGUAUAGAUUGAACGUCGGCGGGCAGUAUAUUUCUCCGGCCAACGACUCCGGUCUUACCCGGGCGUGGUACGACGACUUGCCGUAUAUAAUCGGCGCUGCAUCGGGGACCACCAAUCAUGCUAGCCCAAAGCUUCAAAUCCAAUACCAAGAUAUGCCGAAAUACAUUGCUCCUGAAGAUGUUUAUAAAUCAAGCAGAUCAUUGGGAGUAGUCACGAGUAUCACACAGAAUUUCAACCUCACAUGGCAGUUCCAGGUUGAUCCAAAGUUUAUGUAUCUUGUAAGGUUAUAUUUCUGUGACUAUUACUACAGCAAAGAAAACCAACUGGUUUUCUCUAUCUUCAUCAACAAUCAAACGGCAGAGCCUACGGCAGAUGUGAUUGGAUGGAGUGGGGGGAAAGGAGUGCCAAUCUACAAAGAUUAUGUGAUAUAUGUGAAAGAAGAUGGGUGGGGGAAUCAGACACCAACUCUUUUGUUGGCUUUGCAUCCCCAAGGUGAAUCAAAGCCUGAAUUCUUAGAUGCAAUGCUCAAUGGAGUAGAGUUGUUCAAGCUUGGUGAUUCGACUGGAAACUUGGCUGGUCCCAAUCCUCAGCCUUCGGCUAUGCUUAUCAAGGCUGAGCAGGAGAAAAAGACUUUUAAGAAAUCAGAUGACACAAAAGGGAAGGUGAUUGGUGGAGCUGCUGGAGGAGCUGCAGCCUUUGGCAUUGUGGCUGCAAUUUGUGUUGUUGUGCUUUACCAGAGAAAGAGACGAAUCCCAGGAUCAGAAUCACAAACUUCCAGCUGGCUACCACUAUAUGGAAACUCCCACACGACUGGCACCAAAUCAACCAUCUCAGGGAAGAGUACUGCUAGCAGCGGCAUCUCGGCUGCGGCUCAGGGGCUGUGCCGCCACUUCUCGCUGGCGGAGAUAAAACAAGCUACUAAGAGCUUUGAUGAGUCGAAUGUCAUUGGGGUUGGAGGGUUUGGGAAGGUUUACAAGGGAGUUAUUGAUGCAGGGAUGAAAGUGGCAAUCAAGAGAUCAAACCCAUCUUCAGAGCAAGGAGUUAAUGAGUUCCAGACAGAAAUUGAGAUGCUUUCUAAGCUGAGACACAAGCAUUUGGUGUCUCUUAUAGGUUUCUGUGAGGAAGAUGGUGAGAUGUGCUUGGUUUAUGACUACAUGGCGCGUGGGACUCUGAGGGAGCAUAUCUAUAAGUGUAAACAACCUCUCUCAUGGAAACAAAGGUUGGAGAUUUGCAUUGGAGCUGCAAGGGGACUUCACUACCUUCACACUGGUGCACGGUACACCAUCAUUCAUAGAGACGUUAAAACAACAAACAUUCUUUUGGAUGAGAAUUGGGUUGCUAAGGUUUCAGAUUUUGGGCUCUCCAAAACAGGACCAAACAUGAACAAUGGCCAUGUUAGUACAGUGGUGAAGGGUAGCUUUGGUUACCUGGAUCCUGAAUAUUUCAGGAGGCAACAGUUGACUGAGAAAUCCGACAUCUACUCAUUUGGGGUUGUUCUUUUUGAGGUCUUGUCUGCAAGGCCUGCUCUCAAUCCCAGCCUUCCAAAGGAACAGGUCAGUCUUGCAGAUUGGGCUCUGCACUGCAAAAGAAAAGGAACCCUCGAUGAUAUCAUUGAUCCUACUGUCAAGGGAAAGAUCAAUCCAGAAUGCUUGAAGAAGUUUGCAGAUACAGCUGAAAAGUGCUUGGCGGAUGCUGGAUUUGAACGCCCUUCAAUGGGUGAUGUGCUGUGGAAUCUUGAGUUUGCUCUCCAAUUGCAGGAAAACCUGCAGGAUGGUUCAAGCCACUCUUCGCAAGGCCAGGAAAGUGAUGACACUUCUGAAGAAAGCCUAAGAAACCGUAACAUGGCAAUGCAUUAUAGGAAUCUAAACAUUGGAAGUGAGCAUGAAGGAAGUGAUGAAUCCUCCGAAUCCAGCGCAAUCUUCUCACAGAUAGUCAAUCCCAAAGGGCGAUAAGAAUGAUAUUGUUGUUGUUGUUGAUUGCUGCAUGCAUGCCCCACCAGGAAGGGCUGAAAAUGACAAUGGAAGCCAAGGAAUUUGAGCAUAUAAGAACAGCUUUUGGGGUUAUACUUCAGAGGGUGAUGCUUUAUUGUAUGAAUUAUUUGUUGGGUUUGUUUUGUUUUUUUUUUUCCCUUUUUAGUAUUAAAUGUUGAUCAUCAGGCCAUAAGAAAAAAAGUAUAGCAACUUUGUUCUUGUCAAGCUCACCCCACCCUGUGUUUUAUGUGAUGAAUCUCGAUCUAACUAUGUACAUUUAGCCUUUCUUCUGAUAUAACUA